GUGGACUUGCCCAACAUUGUGCGCGCCGUUUGUACGCUAAGCGACGUUACGCGCACGUCAUACAGUCACAGUUAGUUAGUCAUCAGCAGUUUGAGGCGCUGUAUAUCGGCGCACAUAAAGAGUGCAUAUAGAACAGCGGCGGUAGAGCAGUGCAGUUGCUGCUUAAGGCAUUUGUUUUUGUGAUUUUUUGUUGUUGUUUUUACUCGAUAUUAAAUUCUGGUUAAUUUUGCAUACGGUAGUGCACAACGCACGCCUUAUCGCAUCAGCUGCAACAGUUAUCAGCGGCGACUAGCAAUUUUACCUGCUUCUCGAGAGGUGUUAGUGACUUUUCAUGCACGCGGACGGACAACUGGUAUCGAAAGAAAAACAAUUGAAUUAAAUGAAAUUAGAAAAAAAAAUACUUUUUGUGCUUGUUUUACAGUGCUGGUUGCACGCGCUUAUGCAAACGCUUGUGUUUAUUUGCGUUUUUGGUGUUUUCUAUUUGAAUUUUUUUAUUUGUGACUCGUGUUAAUUGCACGCGCUCAAGCGCCUAAAUAAACACACAGAAAAACAACCAAAAUACACAAGAAGACAAGCGCGUGUGUGGUCCUUGUACUUUUUGACGGCGUCUUCUUGAGGCUGGCCAACACUGAGCUAAAACUUGAGCCUUGUUUUUGUCAUUUAUUGGUGUGUAUGACGUUUAAGUGCCAGUUAAUUAUCGACGCGGCGCCACAACAGCAACCGACCUCCUGAACUAAUCCGUCUAAGCGCUUGUUAGCGGUCAACGGCAGGAUUUGUGUGAAGUGUGAUCGAUUUACAUUCUACAUUCAUUUGAGUGGUGUAUCGCUAACAAGAAGAAACCGCAAACUGCUAAGCGACACGUCAGUGAACACAAAAUUUUGUGGGGACGAGUGAGGAAAGCGGACGCACAUCGCCUUGGCUUUUGGAUUGCGUGCUUAGCAAGAGUAAGCGGAAAAGUAGACAAUAAGAUAGGAAAGGAAAAGGCUUGACAAGCAUAUCAUCAGACAGAUAGCUAUAAAUAUUACAACAACAGCAAUAGCGGCAACCGCGACCACAACGCUGCUCUCAAAGUUAUUGUCCAUCAAUUUGUUUGUUAAUAUGUUUGUCGUUUGCCUGCUGCUUGCAAUAUAGUUUAUGUGCAUAUGUAUGUAGUAUAACAGAGUUGCAUUUUUGCUUGCUUCGUCUGUUCCGUCUGCUCCGUCUUCUUCUUGCUCCUCUUGUUUUUGUACGAACGUCAAAUUCGAUUUUUAUGACUUUUUGAACGCGUGACUAAGCGGUGAUUUAUGGUGGUGGCGUGUGGUUUUUUAAUAUUCAUGCGCGACUGCUGCCUCCGACGAAGAAGAAGAAGAGUUUAGCAAUAACAGCAGCAACAACAAGCCCAAAGAAUUGGCUGAAACACUCGACCCCCAUUUUAACAGGCAAAAAAAAACAAAAAAAAAACGACAAUAACAGCAACAACAACAGCAACGCCAAUCUGCCAGCCACAUCAUCAAGUAGAGAGCCACGGGCAAUUUGAAGAGUUCCACAGCGGUGUUGCAAGUGUGUGGCACGUAGGUGCAUAAGCAGGUCGUUAGCUUGCGUAGGUGUGCUUGAGUCGUCGUCGUGUAGGGUGCACAGGCGAGCAGGCAGUAAUUCAUUCGACGUUCUUCGAUAUCCUGCUGCGCGUGCGCUAUGGACUCCUCCGCUAGUUCCAAUCUUGCCGCUGGCCGUACUGGUGUACAACAACAAUUACAAAAUCAUGUGAAACAACAACAACAACAACAGCAGCAACAUCAACUGCAGUUGAAACAACAACCACAUUUACAGCUGAGACAGCAAACACAGCAAGCACAGUCCGGCAUGCAACAGCAACAGAAAUUGCCGCAACAACAACAACUGCAGAAAUUUAAGCAGCAAAUGCAGCAGACACAGCGCCUGCAGCAGCAGCAGCAACAACAACAACUUGUGGAUGAGCAGCAGCAACGGCAGCAACAACAAAAUCUGUUACAACUACAAACACAACAGCAAACGCCAAACAGGCAAACACAUGUGCGAUCAACGGUAAACUUUUCAACGACAACAACAAAAGUAACAACGUCAACAGCAGCUGCUGCUGCAGCUAGCGCUGCCAUAACAUCACUGAUCAAGGAGGAGCUGAACGCGGCUGAGUUGCAUGCCACUUCCGUUGCAGCGGCACUGGAAAAGCAACAGCAACAACAACGCAGCAUUAGCAGCGAUACGCUGAGCGGCAACAACAGCAGUAACAUUGCAGCAAGUGCUACACAUCAACAAAAGGCAAGCACUUCCGCCAACGCAACGACUGCUGCGUCCACCAUCACGGCUAUGGCAUUGGCUCUGGCAAAGGAAGCGAUCAGCGACGGCAGCGGUCAGCAACAGCUGGGCAACAAUUUCAAUAACAGUGUUGCUACUCAGGCCACGCACCCAGCAGUGGUGGGUAGUACAACAACUUUGCUACAGCAGCAUAAAACUGGCAACGGUGUCAGCAACAACAAUAACAACAAUAUUGCCAACAGCGCCAAUAAUGCCAACACUUCGUCACUGGCAAACGUCUCAACCACGAAUGACCUCGCCGCUGCGGCCGCCGUUGUACUCUCCCUGCAAGGCACCAUGGUCAGCAGCCUGCAACAGGCCGCCCUCUUGCCCGUGAACUCACCUGCUGCGGCGGCGCUUAAUUUACAAGCGCUUGAGUCGUAUUUGGCAUUGCAACGCAUCACCGGCAAAUCAGACGUCUUCCGUUUCAAUACAGUAACCGCAAGCAGCAGCAACAACGAGAGCAACAAUAGUGUUGAUAAUAAUGGUGAAGGGAACGGCAGCUGCAACACAAGUGUCGGCAAUGCAGAGGAGUCAAACAAUUAUACUCUACCAGCAAUGGCAACUACGAUAGUAGGACAACAACAACAGCAGCAACAACAAGAGCUCAACGCACUCGACACCAGUAACAUAUGCCUUGAAGCGUCUAAAACGCAACGCAGCAACAAUAUCGCCAACACCAACAACACAAAUACAACAACAAAUGCCAUACAAACGUUGCUACAGAGUGCAGGCGCCACCGGCACUGACCUCACCACCAGUGACCUUGGCGAUUGUGACCUGCCGCUGUUGGACGGCGAAGACGGUCUUUCCUUUGAGGCUAGUGAACUGGAGAGCAGUUAUAGCAAUUUCAUAUUCAAUAGCAAUGCAUUCAAUUGUAUUAGCCAACAACAGCAGCAACAGCAGAGCCAGCAGCAGCAACAACAACAAUCUUUAACAGCCGAGAUAGAAUCAAUUUCAUCACUCCAAGCCACCAUGUUCCAAGACAAACUCAACCAUCAACAGCUAAUCAUAAAUGAAGGUGUCGCUGCAAGCGCACUCAACGAAGCGAACGCCUUACAGGCUGGUGGUGGCAGUGGCGCUGCUGGCGGCGCAACCAAUGCUACAGCCGCUGCCGCUACAAAUCCACAACGUUCGAAGAAACAGUUUAUUUGCAAAUUUUGUAAUCGUCAAUUCACGAAGUCCUACAACCUACUCAUACACGAGCGCACACAUACCGACGAGCGGCCGUACUCGUGCGACAUCUGCGGCAAGGCAUUCCGUCGGCAAGAUCAUCUGAGAGAUCACAGAUACAUCCACUCGAAGGAGAAACCAUUCAAAUGCGCCGAGUGCGGCAAGGGCUUUUGCCAAUCGCGCACACUUGCCGUCCACAAGAUCCUGCACAUGGAGGAGUCACCACACAAGUGUCCCGUCUGUAAUCGUUCAUUCAAUCAGCGCUCCAAUCUCAAGACCCACUUACUCACACACACCGACAUCAAGCCCUACAACUGCGGUUCCUGUGGCAAAGUCUUUCGUCGUAACUGCGAUCUGCGUCGUCACAGCCUCACACAUAAUCUGGCGGGUAUGUCGGGCGGUAGUUUGGGUAGCGGCAGUGAGCAUCUACUCACACUACCCGCCACCGUGGCGGACAUUUUCCAAUCAUCAACAGGCAGCGGUGGUGGUAUCAUGACGACGUCAAGAAAUUUAGAUGGUAAGACCGUGACUAUAUUGCCAGCUUGCAGCACAGCCGCCACUAAGUCGACCAUAGAUCUGAUUGCGGUAACUGACUAAGUGUUUAGUAAGUGGUUUAGCUUAAAAUAUAAAUUAGAUGGCCUUAUAAUUGUGAUUUUACUGUGUAUGGCUUGGGUCGUGGUUGAGAAUUUCGUUGCCCAAACCAAGCAAGAAAAUUAAAUUUAAUUAAAAUUGAUUUAAAUCAGUUUGACUUCAUGCGGCGUCUUUUGGGCUACGGAGAGAGGAUCGAAUGAUAUUUGGUUAGGCGCUUCAUUCAUUUGGGGCGGGUGUGUUGAAUCAAUUCAUAAUUUUUGUUGUGAAUAAUUAAAAGAUAAUAUUUAAAAACUGGGAAACUUUCUCGCAACUGAUUGAUUAGACUAAACAAUUGGAUUAAAUAAAUUUCGAUUGAUUGAUUAAUCACAUGACACCUCUAAUUAGUAGCUCAAUGAUUGCUGCAGAGUUUGCACUUAAGAAUAAAACUAAACAAUUUCGUUUUUACACAUAUUUGUAUACAUACAUACAUACAUAAGUUUUGUAUCAUCAUUAGGCUUCCAAAUCGUUCCAAACGUUUGACAUACAAUACAUACAUACAUAUAUAUAAAUUAGCAUAGUUUGUGUAGUUUAGUCCACUGCUCUCAGCAGCGCUUACCAUAUGACAAUGUGUUACAUACAAACAUGCAUACAUAUCUACAUAUGCGCAUGUACAUACGUGUAUGUGUAAUUAAAAGUAACUUAACAUGAUCUUAGCAUAGCGUCCAUAUUCAUUAAGUACCCAUUAAAAUUACUCUAGAUAUAUAAUAUAUUUUUUAUUGUAUUUUCUUUUCGAAAAUUUCAAAAUAUCAAAAAAUACUA